AUGACCUCUGACCCCGCCCAGGUUCAAAAGGACCCGCCUCCACAGCCACCACCACCACCCUCCGGAAGCGACCCCAACAUCGACCACAAUGCCCCUUCCUUGGACGCGCUCGCCGGCUUGCCGUCCAUAGACUCGUCCUCAAUCGAAUUUCUCCUCCCCCCCAGCCUCAACUUUGGCGACACUACCGGAUCCACCAGCCUCGACGAGCAGAUCCAGGCCUUCACCGCGGGCCUGGCAAAUACCCUUGGCGCAAGCAACGACGCAGGCCACGAUGCUUCAUCCAGCCAUCCUUCGGCGUCUGUAGCGGGAACCGCUGGCGAUGCACUCGCUCGCGCUCAGACCGCCUCGGACGCUUCCGACCCGCUGGCUGAAUAUCUCUCUGCCAUGCCUUCGAUGGACGCCACGGCGCUAGCUACUCCUCACGAAGGACUCGAUCCGGAAGGCCACGAUGCCAACGCAGCCGUCGAGUCGCUCCUCGCUAGCCUUGGUCAGCUGUCACAGCAGAACCACCAAUCGCAACAACAGGGUCACUUCCAGCCCGCUCCGCCUUCGACUCACCAGGCAUUACCCGAGAACCCGCCGGCCCCAUCCUCAGCCACGCCCUCUGAUGCGCUCGAUCCGACGUCGCCCGGAUACAUUGACGCUCUCCUUGCCGAAGCUUCUCGCAGCGCCUUUGCUGCAGUACAGUCUGCGGCUGCUGCUGCUGCGGGGCCGUCGCAGCAGCCCGCCCCGCCAGCUGCUGCUUCCAGCGAGACCUCUGCAGAACCGGUCUCCAAGGACCUUUUUCCAUCGGCGGGCGACACGGAUGCCUCCAUCAACGCCAGCCUCCAGCAGUUCAUGGCUAGCUUGCAGGCCAAGGUCACCUCCAGCCUGGCCGAAGACACGCCCGAGCAGUCGCACCAAGCCACUCCGGAGCUACCCGCGCCCGCGCCCACGCCUGUCCCCGCUCCGGCGCCAGCAACAGCGACACCUGCGGCAGCUUCGCCAAUCUCGACACCCUCGAAGCCAAAACCAAAACCGAAGCUGCCCAAGCCCGCAAAGGCCGCAGCGCCGCUGAGGCCGGUGCCUGUUCCACCAACGAAGAGGAUCCUGGGCAAACGCAAGCAUCGCGAGAUUGGACCGGUGGAACGGCGAAAUCGGGUCGAGCGGGCGCUCACCACCUACCUGCGCGACAUUGAUCCUCUUGUCAAGCCCGGCCUCGUCACCGGACCCAUCUUGUCGCCCAAUGUCGGCACCACCAAGAUGACGACGGUUCGCUGCACUCACGCCUCGGUGGCGCAGAAGUCAUACGGGUCCGAGAAGCGCUUCCUCAACCCGCCGCCCAUCGUGCACGUCAUUGGUCCGCUGCGGCGGUACGCCGACUGGGGACCUGCGGUGGCGACUUCGCAAUCAGCGCCCAAGCACGAGGCGGGUCCACAGUCGGGUGACCAGUUCGAGUGCGGGCUCAGCAUGCUGGUCAAGGGCGAGACCGACGAGCUCUUUUCCAACGAGCAGAUCGCCACGCUCGAUAGGAGCUUCGAGACCAAGGUCAAGUCGCUCUACGUCACGCCGACCGGGAGAUCCAAGAGCUUCCGCCUGCAGCUCAACCUGCUGCGGUCCACGUCGCCCGAGUCGUACGCUGCCUCCCUUCCGCCGGCCAAGCGUCUCAAGCUGGCCUCAUCCCCCUCUAUGCCCGGCACCAUCCCCGGCAACGCCGUCGACUCGAUGGCGGCAGUGAUUGCAGCCCUGCAACAGGGGCAUCCGUCGCCCGACAAGCAGAAUGCGAACGACCACCUCUCGCGGCUGCCCGGGGGCCUGUCGUGGGUCUCGUUCGAGUCUGCGCCCGUCACGAUUGUCUCAAAGUCGUCCAAGAAGACGGUCAAGCCGCGCAGCUCGUCGGCGCAGAUCUCGAACGGGUCCAUGAUCUCGCUCUUCAACCGAAUCAACUCGCAGACGGCGCGGACCAAGUACGCCCAUACUGCCAACGACGGUAGGCUGACGGCGCAGAGCCAGGAAUGGUCGGCCUACCGGGUGACGCUCGUAUCGAGGCCGCCGCAGGCCGACUUGGCCGGCGCAGAGGAGGGCAGCGUCACCUACGGCUCCACCAUCAUCCUGACCGACAUCACCUCGGGCGCCAGCACGGAUCCGCUCGUCGUCUGCAAGGUCGACAAGGGUGAGGUGAUGCUGCCUCAGAUCGACCCUCCCGCCGAGAUUGGGCUGGCAGGUUCCGGCAUGCGGUCGCGGAGGAUUCCGGUCAACAUCGACCUGCGCGGCGGCGCGUUUGCCACCGACAACGGCCCCGUCUCGAUGCUGGCGGCGCAGAAGAAGGACGGGCAAAGCGGUGCUGCGUCGGGCCCUGCAGGGGCCAACGGGAAGCCGAGCACGACGGCCGCCAACGACGCGAGCAGCACGCCCUCGGCAUCAGGAGGUGCGGCCGCCGGCGCGGGCACGUCCUCGUCGGGCCGCAGCGUUGGCGAGGACCUCAACGUCUACGGACCCGUUGGGCAGCUGCAGAAGGUGGCCUUGAUGCGUUUCGUCCCGCGAUCCGAGACGGAUCGAAUCUACGGCGACUCGGAGCACCUCGAGUCGGACUUUACCUCGCCCCGGAGCUACCUAUGCGCGGUGCCGCCGGAACGGUGGAAGGCAAAGGCGCCACCGGAGGCCGUGGGGCAGGAGCCGCUCGCGACAUCUUACGUCAACGCCCACACCAACGGGCUCGAUUCGCCGAUGCUCGUCGAUGACCUGGCGCCGUUCGACCACCACAGCGACGGCGACGGCAACUCGCUCACGUUUGUCAGCCCCAAGACCAAGGUCGUGGCCAAGGAGCACGGGCCAGGCAUGAAGGUCGUCGACGAGGUCGACGAUACGUUUGCCUGGUCCGUCAUUGGUGUCUCGCGCUUCGAGUUUUCAUUUUUCGACACGAGCGCCACCGAGGCGUCCAAGGACGAAGGGCCAAGCGAGGUACCCAUCGGGCCGUUUCCGCUCAUCACGUCGAUGCCGACCUACGACCAGCACACGCACACUCUCAGCUUCACCGUGGCCAACUUUGUCGUGCCGCGCGCCGUCGGCGGCCUCCUCGACCUGGGCGCAGGCGGCGGCGGGAGCGGAGGCAGCGAGGCAAAAGUGCCGCUCGAGGUGUGGAUCGGUCCGCUGGGACCGUGUUCCUGUCAACAUUCGCCCGUCGCGCCUCCGACGACGCCGAAUACGCCAUCCGCAGCAGCGGCGGCGGCGGCGGGGGAGGAGGGGAGCGAGAUGUUGGUCAGCGUCAAGCUACCACCCGUCGAAAAAAUGUUGACGCUGGUCCAAUCCUCGUCGUCGUCGUCCAGCGCCACCACCACAGACCGGACGACCCAACCGACGGCGGCGGGGGCAGCGGAAGUACCUGCGCACUUUCUGCUUCCGCUCGUCUUUGUCAAGGAUUCCGACGGGACGGCUUUUCAUUCGGGGCGGCACGUCGUGUGCGAGGACCUGGUGCAGCUCAUGCACGCCGCGGGCCACGAGGCCGAUGCCGAGACCUUGUGCCAGCUCGGUUUCGGCCUGGGCCAGAUUGCAGGUCCGCCCAAAGUCGGCGCUUGGAGCGUCCGAAUCAUCUAG